UCAGCCCUCAUCUUCUUUGAGUACACUGUGACUUUCUCUGAAGAGGUUGACGUCAUCUGGGGAGCCAGAUUGACCACUUUCACGGUCAUUUUUGCCCUCAAUCGUUAUCUGCUCAUGGCACAAGCUCUUAUAUUCGCACUGCAUCCCACUUCGUGGCAUACUCCACUGGUAAGUCAUGCCGUCUGUGAGGCUGUCAACUUAUUGGAGGGCGUGAUGACUGUCGCUCUUGAGGCUGUGAUCGCAAGCUUUUCGGCGUUCCGCACAUAUGCUAUUAAUGGACACCAGAUCGUCCCUGCAUUGCUAGUCUUGCUACUGGGGCUAGCGCCGGUUGGCGUCAAUAUCGUGACUAUUGCUCUGACACGCACGAUUUCUGCAGUCAUCCUCAUCUCGGGCAUCUGCUGGGCUGUAUCCGAAUUGAUCGUGGUCCUUGUCACUUGGUUCAAAAUAUCCCGACUCGCCAUAGAUGUGCGGAAGCUACGGCUGAGAGGAUCGAUCGCGACGGUGCUGAUGAGAGACGGUGAGUAUGUGUGGCUCUCUUGG